AUGUUCAUCGGCCCGUAUACACUUUCGAGUGGGAUUUUGUUGCGCUACUUCAGGUACACCGUUCAACGUUCCGUUGCGGGCCUCACCAUUCCCUCCGCCGUUCGGGCCGGUACCCUGGCUGGCAGCUUCGGCGUCUUCGCUGGUACCGCCGCCCUCUUCUUCUUCGGCGAGGUUCCCCGUGUGCGCCGCGACAUCCUGCAGCAGAUUCCCUUCCUGGAUACCUACUUCGACCGCACCGUUGCCCCUGAGGACAACCCCUUCUAA